AAAAAUAAUGUUUCUUUAAUGAGUUUGUCUACUAAAACAUCAAGCAACCUAGCUUUCAUAUAAUGUCUUAUGAGAAAGUUAAAGUACUUUAUAUCGAAUUGAUAGACUUCUUCCGACUUCUUUAUUAGUAGCAUUCAGGAUUGUAUUUAACUUACUCUGGUUUCAUAUAGGAGAUUCUAUUGUUUGAGAACUGCGUGAGCUAAGCUUCUUUGCCAUAAAGUAUUUUAUCUUGUUGUUCAACUACUUACAUAUAAUUCCAAAAUGAUGUCUACAGGCUGUAAUUAUGGAAAGUUGAAAACAAAUUUAAGACUUGCUAUAAAUCGAUUGAAAUUAUUAGAAAAGAAAAAGACUGAGUUAGCUCAAAAGUCUAGAAGAGAAAUAGCUGAUUAUCUUGCAAAUGGGAAACUUGAACGUGCAAAGAUCAGAGUUGAACACAUUAUUCGAGAAGAUUACUUAGUUGAAGCAAUGGAACUUGUUGAAAUGUAUUGUGAUCUCUUGCUAGCUCGUUUUGGCCUUAUUCAACAAAUGAAAACUUUAGAUGAAGGUUUGGCAGAGUCUGUAUCAAGCUUGAUUUGGGCAGCUCCUCGUCUGCAAACUGAUAUUGCAGAGCUAAAAAUUAUUUCAGACCAACUUGCUGUUAAAUAUGGGAAACCUUAUGCUGUAGCAGCACGAGAAAAUGGACUUCAUUCUGUCAAUGAGAAACUUGUGCAUAAGCUGAAUGUUCAAGCUCCUCCAAAACCUUUGGUUGAAAAAUACUUAAUAGAAAUUGCCAGAAGCCACAAUGUACCUUAUGAGCCAGAUGUAGAAAUUUUAGCAGAGGAGAUAGCAGAUGAGGCAACACCAAAUGUUCCAUUAAUUGAAUUUGGAAAUGAUUCUAAGCCACCUGAUGCUGGAUUUGUAACAGGUCCUAUUAAAGACAAUUUGAUAUAUCCUGAAAUUCAGUGUCCUCAGCCUGAUUUACCAAAGCCAUUUAACUAUCCAAAUCCCACUCUAACUUCUAAGGGAGCCCCUCCAAUUCCAAAUGUUCAACCUAGUGGACCGUAUCCUGGCCCUUCUCCUAACAUAGGUUUCAAUAUUGAUGUUCCAGCCCCUUCUUAUGAAAGUGUUUUUGGAGAUAAACAAACACCGCAAAAUACUGGAGCUAUCCCAAAGCCUGCUGCACCACAGCCAAAUAUUCCUGAAUUUUUUCCUGAAUUACCUUCCGUUCCAAAUACAAUGCCUGAUUCUGGUCCUCCAAAUGAAGUUGAUUUUGAUGACUUGGCCAGGCGAUUUGAAGAGCUUAAAAAGCGUGGCUGAAGAAGAAUGCAUUCUAGCUAUUCAUUUUUCUCUUCUAGAUAUUUUCACUUCUUGUGUCUAGCACGAGCAAUAAUGCAUAUAAAUUAUUCUAUUUUAUACUUAUGUUGAAUUGAUAUGCUGUAACUAAUUAUUAUACUCAAGUGUAAAUUUAUCCAACAAAUUUUGCUAUGCUAAUUUGUGUUAAAAUAAUAAUAAACAUAAUUUUUAUAA